AUGAAAGGAGUCACUGGGCCGAUCUGUUGUCUUUUCCUGUUUCUGUUCAGCUGCGCGUCGUCGGAAAAGUUGGGCGUCCAGAAAAAGAAAAAAAAUCUGGAGCAGGACGCGACGCACGCGUUGAUGAAGAAGUUGGAAAGUCUGUACAAACUCAGUGCAACGGACAACAGCGAAAUUUUUAACAAAGAAAUUGAGUCGUUGAAAAAGCAGAUUGAUCAGUUGCACCAACAUGGUGGGGAAAACGAAGGGGAGAGUUUAGGCCACCUUCUAGAAAGCGAGGCCGCCAAUGAGUCAGCCAAAAAGACCAUUUUUGGAGUGGACGAAGACGAUUUAGAUAACUACGACGCGGACUUCAUUGGACAGAGCAAAGGCAAAAUUAAGGGGCAAGCGGAUACAGACAACCAAGCUCAGAGAACUGCUGACGUGGCGGCCCAACCCGGGGGUGUAUCACCUUCUACGAGUGCCCGACCACAGGAACCAGGAAAAACCGGAGUGACAGGUAGUCCAAAUGGCUUAGUAGAAGCAGGUUUGGUAAACACCAAAACACUUCAAAAUGUAGGACCUAAUGGGCAACGAGCUGCGGAUCCCCAGCCAGGGCGAGCAGCAAAUCUACCAGAAGGGCAACGUACAAAUGACCCCCAACAAGGCGGAAGCGAAUCAACGGAAGGACCAGCCGUUACUCCGCGACCAUCUUCGACAGUCACUCCAUCAGAUGCGAACGAUGCGAAAAUUAAGUACUUAGACAAACUGUAUGAUGAGGUUCUAACGACCUCAGAUAAUACUAAUGGGAUCCACGUGCCGGACUACCACAGCAAAUACAACACGAUAAGGCAGAAGUAUGAAUAUAGCAUGAACCCAGUGGAGUAUGAAAUUGUGAAGAAUCUUUUUAACGUCGGUUUUAAGAAUGAUGGGGCGGCAUCUUCAGAUGCUACUCCCCUAGUUGACGUUUUUAAAAAAGCGUUAGCUGACGAGACAUUUCAAGCCGAGUUUGAUAACUUUGUACAUGGGCUGUACGGAUUUGCUAAAAGGCAUAACUACCUAAGUGAGGCGCGGAUGAAGGAUGCUGAUCGCUACACCAAUCUGCUAAAGAACGCCAUCAGCUUGAUGUACACCAUUUGA